AUGAACAGCUCAUCACUUGUUCGAGCUUCACGGAAGGCUGACAUAUCACCGAAACAGAAGGCUGCACGCAUGGAGGAAUGGAGACAAUUCCCUUUGCGCGAACCGUCGGAUUUGGAGCGCUGGUUGGAGGUGAAGAGUGACCAAUUCAUGAUAAUGAGCGACACUGGCGAUGCGCAGCGGACAAUGCCACUUGGGGCGAUCGAGUCCGUUGACAGCGCAACACAGCGUCCGGAUCCUCGGCCUUCCAAUAUGUCUGGAAUGUUGAUCACUACAGAUUCACCAGACGGCGCUCGGAUAACAUGGUCGAGCCUGCAAACUAAUCCUCAGAUGAGCGUAGAUCAAGCCACUUCGCCCUUAGCUCCCGGUAGCUCCUCUUGGAUUGAGACAUCGAGACAUGGUCUCCCGGAAGAGAUCCAGGUGUCUUCAGGCGAAGUGGUGAUGUCUGGAGAGGAGAUUCAAAUGGGCAAGGCAGGAAAGCUAUCGAAAAAACACCCGGCCAUAUACUUUUAG